GGGAGUCGGGUGUACCUUUGUCCUUGGCUCCUUGCUUUUUAACGCCUCCGUUUUGUCUCUUACUCUUUGCUUGCACUCGACACUCCAGGGUUUUAUCGUAAACCCUAGAAAUCGCAGCUCCAGACGCAGUUAUUCAAUCGAGAUUCUUUCUGCGAAUCAAAAACCCUACAAUGGGAGGAAAAUGCCCUCACAGGAAAGUCAAGAAGAGAAGAUAUUCUCACAAGACAUUUCGCCGCUCUAAAUUCCUCCACAAAGGGGAGGACGCUGUGUUCGAGGAGCUUCAGAAGACUGAGAACGAAAAGAAACCCUUACCCUUGGAUGAUGACCUUCCUGGAAUGGGCCAAUUUUAUUGCUUACACUGCGAUCGAUACUUUUCGAAUGUGUCAGUGAGGGAUGAACAUUUCAAGACAAAGCGCCAUAAGAAGCGUGUAAAGCAAAUGAUGGGGCCUGCACCCCAUACUCAACUUGACGCGGAGUUAGCUGCUGGGAUGGGUAUGCCAGAUAAUGGUCCAAAGCCUAUGUCAAUGCGUGAUUAAUGGAUUUGGUUUCCCUAAGCUUCAAAGAUAAAUCAGCCACCAUGACCAAGUCUUAACAUUAUUUUGGGGUGAGAAAGAAAAACAAAAGGUUGUGCUUAGUUUCAUAAAAUUUUAUGAAACUAACAUUCAUCGACUAAGUAUUUGUCACACAACGAAAUUGAAGCUAUGGAGAGAAACAAAUGUCCUAUUUAGUUGUAGAAAAUAUUUUUUAAUUUUUGAUUCAUUAGCUUGUUUAGAGAAUUAUAAAAGUUCAAGUUAUUUUUUUUUAAUAGUUUUUCAAGAUUUGUAUCUAAAAAAUAAAAGAUAAAGGUUUUGGUUGUAGGAAGCAGUUUUUUAUUUUUAUUUUUUAUUUUUUAUUUUUGGACUUCAAAAUAAUUAUAUAAAAAUGCAGUUAGGUUUUAUUUU